AUGGCUCGUCUGUUGCAGUCCCUCCGCCGAGUACUGGGACUGAAUACGUCCAAACCAGCGCUCCCGAAAUUUUCACGGUCCCUCGACACGGACUUUCAUAUAUUUCGCGAGGGCGAUCGUGUCAUCGUUCAUGGCAAGAAUCCAAUUUUAAGCAAACCAUUGCGACAAGGUCACAAGACCGAUACUCGUCGAGGAACCUUAUACCAUGACACCAUUAUCGGCCGGAGGGUGCGCGAUCUGUAUCCUGCGCACAAGGGCCCGGAAUACCGGCUUUCCCUCCCUAACCUCGACGAAUAUGUCGCCAUGACACCUCGCCUGGUAACGCCGAUUUAUGCGGCCGAUGCCAAUUUGAUCGUCUCCCUCCUUGACAUCCACGUUGCUCCUCCCGCAGAAGGCGAACAAUCAGCGCCACUGGAGAUUCUCGAAUCCGGAACUGGACACGGCUCGUUAACAUUGCAUCUUGCGCGCGCAAUUCAAGCGGCCAAUUCGAAUUCACCCCCGUUACCAGAGAAAUCCCAAAUCCAAUACCUGCCAGACAGGCCACUCAGGCCAGACGAGGACGCACCCAAAACGGUUCGGAAAGAGCAACAAUCCGACGGAGAUACCGCGGAGGAUUCAAGACAGAAGCAAUGGGACACAUGGCGAGCGUCUCGUGGAGCGGUUAUCCACACCGUCGACGUAUCUCCCAAAUUCUCCGCCCACGCUGAGCAAAUUGUCCGCAGCUUUCGACGGGGGAUUUAUGCAGGGAACGUCGACUUCUACGUAGGCCACGUGGAAAACUGGAUCGCAGAGCAGAUCAAGCAACGCGCAGCUGCUUUGUCAGCAUCAACAGGCUCCCUAUCCUCUCUUACGAGCCGCGAUAACACUCAGCCCGGCCCCUUCCUCUCCUACGCCAUCCUGGACAUGCCGUCCGCCCAUAUACGCAUCCCUCACGUCGCCCAAAUCUUGAAGCGGGAUGGGUUCCUUGCCGUGUUCAUGCCCAGCAUCACACAAAUCGGCGAGUGCAUCGACCUCAUCCGUCGACAGCGACUCCCGUUCGUCCAGGAGAAGGUCGUUGAGCUUGGUGCCGGUAUCAGCGGUGGCCGUCAAUGGGAUGUCCGCUUUGCUGUGAAGAAGUCGCGAGCUGAUCCAUCUUCUUGGGCAGAGUCCUCAUCAUCCACAGAGUUAGGGGAAGGAGCCGUUCAGCAGGACCAGGAGGAGCCAGCGUCAUCGUCGAAUAUCGAAGAAGAGGCACCAAAAGAGGAAGAUAGUGUCUUGGUCUGUAGGCCCAAGGUCGGGACGAGGAUUGUUGGUGGUGGGUUUGUGGGAAUCUGGAGACGGAUUGAAGAUUCCGCCAGGAAGUAA